AUGGCCACCUUGAUGGACCAGAGACUUGAUACUAAUUAUAAUAUGGUGUUUACACACAGCACCGAGAACGUCCCGUCAGCUAGUCUUCGAUACGACGAUGUCUCUCUGUCCGAAGCCUUGGCCCCUGAUCCACAAUAUGAGCGUGACUUUGAAGUCAUUGACAACAAGUUUGCGUUCUCACCCGGACAGCUGAACAAGUUGCUGAAUCCCAAAUCCCUUGCCGCCUUCCAUGCUGUAGGAGGCCUUGGCGGUCUAGAGCGUGGUCUUCAAACUGACCUUGCGGCUGGACUUUCUGUGGAUGAGGACAGACUUUCGGAAUACGUAACAUUCGACGACGCAACGAAGUGUGCCUUCUCGAAGCUAGAUAGUCAGCCACGACUAUUGAAUGCGGAUAGCCAGACGCCUAUUGUGCAGAGUUCUUCAUCCCAGUUCUUCGACAGGUUUCGGAUCUUUGGCCGCAAUACAUUGCCUGAACCCAGAAGCAAAAGUUUUCUCAAACUACUCUGGGAUGCAUACAAUGAUAGGAUCAUUAUCCUGUUAACUAUUGCGGCCGUUAUAUCACUAUCGCUGGGCGUAUACGAGGCGGCUAGCGGACAGUCUCAGGUGGAUUGGAUUGAGGGUGUCGCCGUAUGUGUCGCUAUUAUAAUUGUGGUGGCUGCCACAGCUGGCAAUGACUGGCAGAAGGAGAGGCAAUUUGCCAAGUUAAACAGACGAAAAAUUGACCGCGAUGUUCGCGCGAUCCGCUCAGGGCGGCCACUUAUGGUACACAUCUCCGACAUCACAGUCGGGGACAUCCUACAUAUUGAACCUGGGGAUUCACCACCGGCCGAUGGGGUCCUCGUAUCUGGUCACGGAAUCAAAUGCGACGAGUCGUCAGCGACAGGGGAAUCUGACCACAUGGAAAAGGUCAGUGGUCAUGAAGUAUGGUAUAGUAUCAUCGACGGAACCGCUACUAGGGAGCUAGAUCCGUUUAUCAUUUCCGGAAGUAAGGUGCUUGAGGGGGUGGGAACAUACUUGGUCACUAGUGUUGGUUGCUACUCCACUAACGGAAGGAUUAUGGCAUCUCUGCAAACAGAGAGUGAACCAACACCCCUUCAGGUCAAGCUGGCUAGAUUGGCGGGGUGGAUAGGAUGGCUUGGAACAAGGUGCGAGGAUCCCACUCAAGAUGAGAAUCGCCUACUAAUAGAAACCCACAGCGCUGCUUUGCUUCUUUUCUUUGUCCUUUUGAUCAGGUUCCUAGUGCAACUACCUGAUAACGAUGCUUCCCCAAGUGAGAAAGGCCAAGAAUUUAUGGAUAUUCUCAUUGUCGCUGUUACAGUUAUUGUGGUUGCCAUACCGGAGGGAUUACCCUUGGCUGUGACUCUUGCCUUGGCUUUCGCUACGACUCGUAUGCUCAAAGAGAACAAUCUUGUCCGAGUGCUGCGUGCGUGUGAGACUAUGGGCAAUGCUACCGUGAUAUGCUCUGAUAAGACUGGAACACUCACGCAGAACAAGAUGACGGUCGUUGUGGGAUUUCUCGGUGCCAAUGAACGUUUUGACCAGCAACCAACUGAGAGUGGCAGCCCGUCAACGUCUCCUACAAUACUAGAGACACUAAAGCUAUUUCCUACUAUUUUCAAAAAGCUGCUAAUAGAUAGUAUCGCCUUGAAUUCGACAGCCUUCGAGGAGGAGCUAGACGGUGGACGUGAAUUUGUUGGAAGCAAGACAGAAAUUGCUCUCCUUCAGUUUGCAAAAGACUAUUUACACAUGACUGAUCUUACUGAGGAACGAGCGAAUGCCCAUAUUGAACAUGUAUUUCCCUUUGAUUCUAGCCGCAAAGCAAUGGGGGUUGUAUAUCGUGCUGGACCAACUGGAUAUCGAUUGCUUGUUAAGGGGGCGUCCGAGGUCAUGCUCAACACAUCAACUCAAACAAUAACUACUGGACCGUCCUCCAAAAGCCAGAUAGCGACUGAACCCAUUUCCGAUGGCGCUCGCCAAGUCAUCUUGGAUACAAUCAAUGACUAUGCACGGAAGUCCCUACGCACAAUUGGGGUCGUCUACACUGACCUCUUAGACUGGCCUACCGGUCUCAGCAGAGAUAGCGGAAAGGGCUUGCCCGACUUUGAGUCAUUGCUUCGAGAUAUGACAUGGGUUGGGGCUUUUGGAAUCCAUGAUCCAUUAAGACCUGAAGUCUCUGGGGCAAUCAAGACGUGCCAUUCAGCAGGUGUCCAAGUAAAAAUGGUCACAGGUGAUAAUAUCAAUACAGCCUCGGCCAUUGCUUCCUCCUGCGGUAUCAAAAACGGCGACGGAAUUGUCAUGGAGGGCCCAGAGUUCCGAAAACUGACAGAAAAGCAGAUGGAUGCCAUUAUUCCACGGCUGCAGGUGUUGGCCCGCUCGUCACCCGACGACAAACGUAUGCUCGUCAAGCAUCUAAAACGUCUUGGUGAAACGGUUGCAGUAACAGGCGACGGGACGAAUGAUGGACCUGCUUUGACGUCCGCCGAUGUAGGCUUUUCAAUGGGUAUCAGCGGAACGGAAUUAGCGCGUGAGGCGAGUUCUAUCAUCCUUUUGGACGAUAACUUCAAGUCUAUCGUGACGGCUAUGGCAUGGGGUCGGGCUGUCAACGAUGCUGUCGCUAAGUUCUUGCAGUUCCAAAUCACCGUCAACAUCACUGCUGUCUGCCUUACGGUGGUAACAGCAAUCUACAGCAACUCCAACGAAAGUGUGCUGAAGGCCGUCCAGCUACUGUGGGUGAAUCUGAUCAUGGACACCUUUGCUGCUUUAGCGCUAGCAACCGAUGCGCCCACAGAGAAAAUUCUACAGCGACCUCCAGUCCCAAGAAACGCUCCUUUAUUCACAGUGACAAUGUGGAAGAUGAUAAUCGGGCAAUCGAUAUACAAACUGGCUGUCUGUUUCACCCUAUACUUCGCGGGUGAUCAUAUCCUAGGUUAUGACACGCGCAUCCACCAAAAGCAAGUAGAGCUCGAUACAAUCAUCUUCAAUACUUUCGUUUGGAUGCAGAUAUUCAAUGAACUCAACAACCGCCGUCUAGACAACAAGUUCAACAUAUUUGAAGGUGUCCAUCGGAAUUACUGGUUCAUGGGAAUCAACGUGUUAAUGAUCGGCGGGCAAAUCCUCAUCAUCUUCGUUGGAGGAGCUGCCUUCGGUGUCACGCCGCUGGAUGGUGUUCAAUGGGCUAUAUGCAUUGGAUGCUCCAUCUUUUGCAUACCAUGGGCUGCCGUGCUGAAGCUCUUUCCGGACCGCUACGUUGCGGUCGGGCUGGAUAUCUCGGUGAAGGUGAUAGCUUUUCUAGCUUACCCUAUUCGGAAGCUAUACCAGGUUAUUUCUCGUGGUUUAUCUAUGGUCGGCAUGGUCGUUGGUGGGCAAUGGCAAAGUCUUAAGUCCAUAUUAAUGCGCAUGGUGAAAAAUAGCAGAUCCGGUGGCGAUGAAGAAAAAGGCCAGAGUACUGGACAAGCGUGA